CGAACGUCUAGGGGCGCUGUAAGCGCUUAUGAAGAAGUUAUAAAGUCAUUAAACGUGAAAAUGCGAACAAACUUAGCGGCGCUAAAUGAUAAAAUCACUGAUGCAUAAUGAUUCCAUUCGUAAGUAUGCAAACCAAAGGAUAAUUCCGACACGGGACUUAGUGAGACGCAUGAAUGCGAUCCCCGAAUAUAUAAUUUACGUCUCUUGAAUCCUGAAUGUGACAGGUAUUCAGGAGAGUAAGAAUGACGAACUUUAAUAUUAUGAAAUCCAUACUGGUCAAUGGCAGUGAAGAAGUUUCAAAAAUUAACCUGGAUAAUUGCACCGAGAAAGGUGAUAAAUUUCGGCCAAGAAUUCCAGAUGUAACAUCUGCUCUUGCUGCAUCUUUAACUACCCUAUUGUGUCGUAGGAUCUCUCCGGCCGCACACCAGCGCUAUUUAGUCAGAACAAAUCUCAUUGAACAGUUACGCGACUGGUCACGAAUUAAUAGCCGCUAUGAACAGAUGCACUCAUUUACAGAUGGUGAAAGGACUACAAAGUUUGCCAUAAACUUGGUGGAGAAAUACCUGACGGAAGAUUUUAUUGCUAAACAAGCAUCUGUUAGUGUUUUAGUUAAGAUAGGAUUUGUCUUGAUUGAUAUGAAAUUAAAUAUUUCAAUAUUUGAUUUCAAAUUGGACAGUAUUAUAAAUAGAAUUUUGUAUUUGGAUGAAACAGAUGAUAGCAACAGAUUUUUAGACACUUUGACUGAAAAAUAUGACAGUCUAUCACUUGCCCUGAGCACAAUCGAAAAUAUAUACAUUUGCAGAUCAACCAAGCUAAUCGAAAUACCAAUUGUAGAUCUAUUUAUGUUAUUCAAUGCUAAUCACUCAGAGGGUAGUCUUGAUUCAGAUAUCAUUGAGAAGCAUAUGAAUCCUUCCAUCAAACAUUAUUCAGAUGAUGUAAAUUGCAAUCAAUUACUCAAAUAUAGCUCCAAAUCGCCACGCAUAUUUCAACUACUAUCCAGCGUAAUGAAAGAAAUGUUCGCAUACACGAAUUGUAGUGAAAUGUGUGUUAAUUUCAUACAAUACAUACUUAAUCACAUAAGUAAACUUUGUGAUGAAAAAAAACAAAAAAUCUUAGAUCUUUAUCCAAGAAACUUACAGUGUGCUGUUAUUCUUGUAAGAAUAGAGCCUAAUUUACACACAAACAAUUCCAAGGAGUAUGUCAUUCAAAUGCUAAAAUACAUUUAUAGUUUAAAUAAAGAGGAACUUUUAAUAUUGCUCAGCCACUUCCCUGUAUGGCUCAAAGAAGUCUCAAAUUUGGUACCUUAUAGCGAUAAUCCUCUGUCCAGGUGACAUCACUUUUCUAACUAACCAGUAUCACACAGUGCAUAGGCCGAUGUGCGGUCAGUUAAACAUCGCUGCCAAAUCAAUGGAAUUAAAUAUCUUCGAUGAUAACUGUACACUACCACAAAUAUAAGAUAUGUAAAUGCUGCAGUGCUAAAAUAAGAAUAGGUAUCUGAAACUUUAACAAAUUGAAAAUCUGCUUAUGGAUAGUAUGAUAUAUAAGUAGAACUAGUUCGCAUAAUUUGUAGUAACUGUUCUUAUAGUUACUUUACCACAUUUUAUAUUCAAAGCCUGAACUUUUUAAAAAUAUCACUUGUUAUAGUUAGGUUACGUUGAAUAUUUGAAUAAGGAUUAUUUCUCAUUAUGAAGUUGAAGCCUGUAAUCGACCGCCAAUACGAAUUGUUAGAAAUUUAAUAAAUCACAUUCAUUUUGCAACCGAAACCCCUGUAAACUAAUUCUCAAAUUUUGGAUUUUUUUGAUCCGCAUUUUGGUGUGUUGACAUAACGAAAUUAAACCUGGUAUCUUUUUUACGCCUGUCCAUAAAGUAAUUUCCAAAAACAGAUUACAUAGAGUCAACAAUUCGAAUUGUGAGUGGUUUCAGGAAGAAUAUACAGAUUAAAAUUUGUAAGAUUACUUUACUGAGGAAUAUAGUGUGAAAACGUCUGAUGUUUGGCGUACUUACUUACCGUAAACCCAUCUCAUGUAUUACAAUCAAAUAAAUUAAAAAGUUAAAGGUAUAUACAUAUAUACCUUUAUAUUUUUACUUACAUUGGUAAAAAGUCAUGUUUGUCCGUACUGAUGUGCAUAAAUUUUACAUCAAAUUAUAUUUAAAAAUGACACAUUGUUGUUCCGUCAAAUACCAAUGGUACUGAUACCAUUUGUUAAAGGGAAGAAUUAAACACAUAGUAUAACCAUACAUUAAUAAGUACGCAAAGAAUGUCAUACAUAUGGAUGUGAAUUAUUGAUCUGUAAAUACUGAGAGGACCAUUGUACUCAAAAUUUGACACCUUUGUGAUUAUGCAAUUUAAAUGAAAUGGUAUAUGAUGUAAAAUUGAACAUAAGUAACAUAGUGGUUUAAUUGGAAUAGACUUGCUGAUUGUACGUCCAGUACAUGUGGAAAUUGAGCAUGUUCAAUGACUGUAAAUGUUAUGCACAUACGAACGACUAAGAUUUCUGACAUAAUUAUUUUCUAAGUUAUCAUAUGGCAUUAUGUAUGAAGUGUCCAAAUAUGAAAUCAAAUGACGUAGAACAUGACAAUUAGCAUGUUAGUUUCCUCGACAAUAUAUCGUCACUCUGUAACUUUCGUUCAAUUUUGAAUUGCAUAAUGUUGUGAUAAGAUCAAUUUUCUGUAACUGCAAAGAUGUGGUAAAAUUUAUGAAAUCAUCUAAGUAGCACUAAUUUGAACUCAAAUUAAGUUAUGUAAAUGAUUUUCCAAUCGUAAUUGAUCAUUAAUUAUGCAGCUGAAGCAUAACAUAUCAUUAUGAACUAAAUAAUAUUUUUUUUCUGCAUUCUUGGUCUGAAUGUAGAUAACUUGGUAUUAAAGAUAUGAUAGGUGCAGGUCUUGGUAUUCUCUACCCUGACUCUCAUAGGCAUUAAUGAAUGGCUUAUUACGAAUGUUGCCAUGAUUAUGGAUAGACGAUGAUACAAUACAUAUUACGACACUAGAGAAAUCAAAUGGUUCGUUUUGUUUUUUUUUUUAGGUAUAUUUCAAAGUGAGACAUCCAUUACAUGGCAGUGACGAGCUAUUUUUUUCUACAAAGACCAUCAUUCAUUUUUCUGUUUUCCGAAGUAGUUGUUUCUCGUUACAAACUGACAUGUUACUUUUUAUGCCUUUGGUGUUAAUCAACUACUGUCAUUCACAAAUACACCGAUUUUAAUACAAUAUAACGCCAUAAACGAAUAUAUUUUCCAUAGAGUUUCAUAAAGAUGUGAAUAUUCAACAAUUAUGUGACAGGCCAGAGCUGUGAAAUGUGCACAGAAUAUGUGUCUUAGGAACAUCUAUCGUCUAUACCAACCAAUAUCAUUCAACUUCAUAGAUUUAUAUUUAUUUGUCUCUGUUUAGCAUUUAUAUUAUUUACACUACGUCGUUCACUUUGGAAAUCGGUACAUUGUGCUUUUAUCGCAUUUCAUUUUAUUCCAGAAUGAAACGUUUGUUCGCUUCUUAAAGCCCGUUGUGCUGAAUUUUUUUUACUUUAAAAUACCCACCUACCUGUCGUCAGUUUCGAUUAGGAUUUCAAUAGGCAUAUAUUAUAUAAUUAUUUGACUAGCAAAUUCUUGCUUAAUGGCAACUUUACCUUCAAUCAAUUUUUUUCUUUUCUAACUACAUCAACACUUGAAAUAUGUUAUUUAUAUCUCCUCGUCACCUAAUUUUUGGCAAGCUAUAUGACCAAGGAACUUGGACUAAUUAUUCAUUGGUGUUACUUUGACUGCAUUUACUACCAUAGCAUGUGUAAAUGUUAUUUAGACACGCUUGCGCAAUAUGGCUGGUAAUAGCCAUACUUCUGCACGUGUCGAACUUGAAUUGCACAUUUCAAUAAUGCAUCUGCUUAAAUCAAACUAAUAAAUGUCAAUUAAUUUAUUUAAAUAGCGUUAUCGGUAAUAGGGAAUAACAAAAUAGAUUUUAUUUACCAUCAAACUUAUUACGGUAAAUAAUUUUAGCGGAAAUUGAUAGGAUUUAUAAUUUAUAAAUCACAAGAACGGUUUCAGCCUCAAACGACACACAGAAAUUUUUCCAUACGUUUAAUACCGAAAAGUAUGUAACCAAUAGAUGCGUCAUAUACUAAGACCGAGCUAUUAGAAACAUGAAACUAAAACCAAAUGUUAGUAAAAUUUGAUAUCUCACUAUCACAAGGGUAUCUUGUAUAAAGUGUAGGACACACAAGCUAUACCAAUUUUGAUUCCUCAAUAUUGAAAUAAAAUUAUACAUCCAAGCGUAAUAUAAUGAUUAAAUAUCUGUGCUUGUUAUUUUCGUUCGGAGACGAGUAUCAAUUAUUCAACAUCCAAUACAAAUAGAUUCUUUUUUUUUCAAAUAUACUUCUACACCCAAACUAUACGUACGUAAUUAUAAAAGAUUAUGUGUAAUCUAUCAUUUUUAUCUAUCUUCUAUUGUGUUGUAAACAUUUACUUCAUUCGUAUUUACCAUACAUUUUUGUAGUACUGAUAUUUUUCCAUGGUGCCACAUUAAUUUGCUACAUAACAUACAGCAUCAUCAACUUAUCAAUUUUUCAAUUUGUUAUGAAUUGAAAAUAAUUAGCUUCAAUGUUCAAAUUCGAUGAUCGAGUUAGUUUAUUUGCUCUAUUUCAUUGCAGCUUGUAAGAUGUUGAGUUUGAAUCGGUUAGAGAAAUUCUUCAUCCUGAUCAUAUACGCCAUUGAAGUACUCAAUUCAGUCCUCUCUUUUUUUGUUGUGCGUUUAUUUGAGCAAAACAUAUUCUACAUGUCGAUACAAAAUGCUAUAUUGCAAUGUCAUUUUGAAUAUUGAAUGAUUCAAUAUUUGAAUAUUUGUCUGUCCAUACAAGUAAAAUAUGUUUUAUUUCCCUGCACAUAUUUUUGCAAUAUUGGAAUUUUUAUUCAGUUGCUUUAAAUAAGGUAUAAAUCAUUCAACAGGGAGAUGAGUUGGUCUACUGAAUUCCUAUAGCGUAUCAUAUAUCAAUCAUGAUUCCAGAUUGAUAUAAUUUUUUGGAACAUUAAUUUUAAUGUGUUAAAAUGAAUUGGUUAUCAACUCGUAAUGUUACUUCUUUUGGAAAAAAAAAGAUUUCAGAAAUACUUUUACACUUGAUAUGGAUAACACGAAGAAAAAUUAUACUGCGUAUAUUUGAAAGUUCAACGUAUAAAUUACCAGGCUUCGAUUAAAAGAACCAAUUGCCCAGAUAGUACAAAACGAAACUCAUCAAAAUCAUGACUAAAUGACACUUUACGAUCCGUUUUAUGUAUGACGUCUCAAAGUUUAAAAAAUAAUUGGAUGAAGCCCAAAUUGCUAUGCAUGGAAAUAAGAAAUAAUUUUUUCUCUCGCCAUUGGAGUUACGGAGUUAGUAUUUUAUAAAUAUAAUCCACAUAGAAUAAGGUAUGAGAAGAGUAAACAAAUUAAUCUUGACUUCGGAUUGUUGGCUGAGAAUUGGUGGAAUGGCUUGUAUAUACUAAUGAAUAAAGUUAGGAAGUUUUGCAUGUUUCACCAAAGCACAACGUAUUUUGAAAAUUGUUUGAAAUGCAAUGUUGAACAUGUGCUUUGUUUUAUUGAUGCAACCGUCUAGCGUUUGAUAUUAAUUAUACUGGAAAAUUCAGAAUCUAAAACAAGUUAUACAACAUAUUUUAUAGGAUUUCAUACAAAGAAUUAGUGUUGUGAUAAUGAGAAUGCAAGUUGAAAACGAAUUACGUAGACAUAUAUUUUAAUAAUCAAUUACACAUAAUUUAUAUGCAAAUAAAAUCAGUGAAAAUAUAUAAAAUAAACAUCUUUAUUGAACCAUGCUAGCUACAGAACUGAACAUGCAUCUAAAUAUUUCAAACUUAAGUUCAACGUGUCCUGCUAUUGAGAAACUAAACAAGAUACUGCUUUUUGCCAUAUACCUUUUCCAUAAUACGGCAUUUAAUAGUUGUUAUUCGAUUGGUCCUCAGAUAAAUUGAGGAAUUGCAAUAUGUACCUGGAUUUUGAAGUUAAUCAGUAAUAUCUCCAAGCAAUAUUGCCAAUGUCAUAUCUGUAGUGAAUGCUACAAGUGGCUGAUUGAUCAUGAUGAUUGGUUGCAGACAUAGGAAAGGGGUUUGUAAAAGAUGAUGUCUCUUUACUUAUAAAUUUAUGAUCCUACCAAUUUCGGCUUUUGUUUGUCACAAAGCAAAGAAACUUUACAGUCUAACUUGAAUAUCAUUAAUUUCGCCUCGUAAGAAUAUAAAUAAUAGCUUGACUAUCAUAAAGCUGAAUUUGUUUUAUGUUUCUUUUUUUUUUUAACGAGCUGCAUUGUCAGCAGAAACAUUCAAACUCUUCAUGUAACAAUUAUCUCUGUUAAACAAAGCCAUAAUUAUAACACUAAAUAAUUAAUAAAUCAUAUUCAUUGUAUUUCAAUCUUACUUACUGCCCGUGAAUUCCGUAAAGAAAUCUACCUUGACGAAAUAAAUUUGUUGGAAAAUUUUCUGGUCAUGCAGAUUAUUGUGAAUUUCUUAAUCAAAAAAAUAAUCUGCAGAAUAAUGUAAGAUUACAUUAUCACAUUGAAGAGACUAAUUAUUUUUCACGGAGAACUAAAUUUGACUCUGUCUCUCGAAACAAUAUAUCAUUGACAUCAAAGUUGUACAUCAUCAUUUAUUUGUUUUUAUACCAGGCUUAAAUUCAUCAAAGCAUGGCAGUUGAAAAUCUAUAAAUUAUCAAUAAGAUGAGACUAUUGAAUGGAUAUGGAAGGAAACAAAAAGAGCAGGGUUCAUGUGGUUGUGAAUUAAUAAUUUCUGCGCUACCUCCGUCAACAACUCGACUACUUUGUCAUUUUCAUGAGCAUCAGUGUUUAAACGUCGAUUUUUACGCUCUAGUGCUUACAAAAACUAACCAAUAUUCGCGUACUUGAAAGGAAUAGUACUUUUUACUUCAACUAUCCCCGUCAAGUUUGGUAUAUAGGAAUUUUUAUUCGAUCCAUUUUUGUGAACUUUCAUCUCAUUAUCAGAAAAGCUAGUUGUAUUCUCAUGGAAGAUUGAGGGAUAAACUGAUGAUCGUGAAAGCAAGUCAAGUAUAGCUGUUGACUCACGGUUAAUGGAUGUGACAAAAGUGGUAUGAAAUGCCAAUGAAUUUCCAAUGCUUUAGGGCCUCACAGUGACAUUUCACUUUUGCUUUUUGUUUUUUAAUUCAACUGCAACCUGGUGAACAAAUAAGCAUUACAUAAAUACGAAUGAUUAUUAAUUAGACAGUGUGGGAAAUUAAAAUCUUAGAGAUACAAUUAUAACAUCAAAUAUGCAUGCACUGGUUACGAGUUCGUUCAUUUAUUGAUCUUUAUUUUACUUCAAAAGUUACAUAUUGAUGAUUUGAUAAGAAAAAAGCAAUAGCAUCUAAGGACUUUUCUGUAGUAAUAAAAUUUUCAAUUCAAGAAUUUACACUUAUAAUAUAUUUUGGUCGCAUCGUGUACACAUAAUACAUUCAAAUAUCAUAUAUAUUGGUUUCUUUUUUUCAUAUUAGAAAUUCAAUCUACACGUGGUUACGCAUUAAAUCAAUCAAAAUGAGAGUUAAAUUGCAUAAAAUAAGGAAUAAUUUCAGUUAGAUUUUAAAUAAGAAAUGCAUGAAAUGUAUUUAAAUUUUAUGUUCCAUUUAAUUCACCCUCUGUCUCAACGAGCUUUUGGACCAUGAUAGUUGAGUCUG